AUGGCCACAAUCACGGAUUCUCCGUCUUCGACCUUCGGUCUCGCCUCGCAACUUCGCACCCCGCCGCCCCCUUCGCCGAUCCUCUACGGCAGCGAGGCCGGACGGGAGCCGCCCGUGCUGGACAUCGUGCCCAUAUCGGCCAAGAAGGUCACUCCUGCGAUGCGAGAAGAGUUGCGACGUUCUCCAAAAAUUACAGGAACCCCUGCAUGGAUUUCGAGGUCCGAUUCGUCGACGAGCGUGCAGAAGGUACACGCUGCGUCCGCGGUGCGCUCGUCACUCGCCGCUUCGACGAAGUCCGACGCCGAUGGCGAAGUCAUACUAGGGCGCCAUAAGCAGGAUAGCCAAGCACCCCGGUCCAGCGCCAAAGGUCUCGAGGACGACAACUCAAAAUCAUCUAAGACGCCGCUUUCGCCCCCCGAGCUCAUCCACAUCACCAAGCCCAAAUUCUCGCUCAAUGCGCAGCGUACUGGCCCUCCUCCUCCUCGCCCCGUUCGCCCGAGCUCGACCCCUUUCCUCGCCUCGGCGUUGGAAUCCUCCACUUCGCUCGGCGCCAUCCCCGGCGGGGAGCAGAACGACGCCGGUCCGAUCGACGUCUCGUUCCCCUCGCUCGGGAGUCUUGAUCUCGGCGUUCAGUUUGAUGAGACGGCCGGCGCCUUCUACUCGACCUUCCGACCGGCCGGAGGGAGCCAGCGCAGCAGCGCGAAGACCUGGCCCAACAAAAGUCAAGAAAUCGAGAUUCCAGCGCCGGUCCCCACUGUAGGUGAUACGACCUCCGCCAUCUCGGCCACGGUCGAUCGGUCCGAUGUUUCCACCAGCAGCGUCGCCUCUCGUGAUACCCCGAUUCAGGAUCAGUCACCGAAGCUCGAACCGACUACGCCCGUCGUCGAAAAGGUCAAGUCGAGCCGUCCCUCGCCCGCUCAAGCCUCGGGGCCGUUUCCAAACAACACGGCCUCGCCCAAGUCCUCCACUUCCUCCAAGAUGUCGUCCUCCUUCGUUGCCCCCAACAAGUCGGGUCGCUUGCCCGGCAACCUCCUCUCCCUCGCCCGCCGCACGGCCCACAUCUCCGACACCGUCGGUUACGCAUGGCGACUGGCCCUCCUAGAGAAGCUCGAAGCUAUCACGGGACCAUUCUUGACGAUCGAGGAUGCCGAGGCAAUCCUUUCCAUCGGAGCGAGCCCCGCAUCAAAAGCGGUAAGCGUUUUCUUCUGCAUCUGAUCUUUUUUCCUUUGUAGUCCACUCCUGAUCUCAUUUUUCGGGCGCUUCACAGGCCAACCGAGCGAAUCACCGCAAAUCCUUGAUCGGGAUGCCCACCGUUCGUCUUCCCCCUCAACGUAAAUUGCACAAGAGCAACAACGGCAGCUCCAGCACCAGCACUACCGAGGUCGCCGCUGGGUCUGGAGCUAGAAAUACAUUCUUCAACAAGAUGAAGCGUGCGCUCGGAGCGCCGGUUGCUGAGAGCGAAAAAGCGGACGCGUCGACCAAGACCCAGCUGUCCAAAGGCAUCUUUGGCGUGCCGCUCACCGUGGCUGCCGAGUACGGCUUUGUGACAUCAAUGAUCGCUGGGCAACGCCACGAGCUGCCUGGAGUCUGCUUCAGUGCCGUUGAGGAGAUCUACCGACGGGGCCAAGGUGAGCUGAACGCUGCAAUUAUCGGUCCGUCCUUGUUGAGCUCGACUGAGUCAUUUUUGCAUCUUUCAGGAAUGAACGUUCCCGGUCUGCUCGUCAAUCACGGCGAAUCGUCUCGCGUCGCCAAGCUGGUGGCAAUCUACAACACCGCGCCCGAGUACGGCGAGCAACACGACCUAUCCAUUGAAUCGAUCCACAACGUCACCGCUUUGUGAGUGACACGAGCCUCGGUAUGGCUUCAGAAUAAAACUGACGUGACUUCGCCCCGCCUCUGCUUUUUCAGGCUCAAAAAGUACCUGCGCGAUCUGCCCGAGCCAGUUCUCGACCAGCGACUAUGGAAGUUAUUCCUCUCGGCUUGCGUCUACUCGACCAACUCGAUCAAGGUUCGCGUGACGAGUGCCCAAGUCAUCUUGCGACUCCUCCCGACACCCAACUUUUCCCUGCUCGUCUACAUGGUCGCCUUCCUGUCCCAAAUUCCCUUAUUCCCCGAGAAUCGCAUCUCGCUCGAAAGCGUUUCGCACAUCGUUGGCGCCAUGCUCAUGUCGCCGAGAGAUCCGUCGCCUCAAUCGCAGUCGAAAGGGAGCAAGCUGUUGGCACACAUCACGGGUCCGACGGAUACGAUCGACUCGAGCGCGAACGCCAAGAGGGCUGAGGAAGCCCUCUUGUGGCUUCUCAAGCACUGGAGUCUGGUCGCCGACGGGUUGUUGGAACCCGAAUUCGACGUUGACGUCGAUGCCGUGCUCGAUCGGGACCCCGUUGCAGCCUCCACGAGGUCCGACUCGUUAUCUCACCCCAAUGACGAUACUGAAGAGGAGCUCGAUGGUGCCGCCGACCCCCUGCGGUUCUUGCCGAACGAUGAUUUGAAGAAGAGCAUGUCCCAGCCCGAGGCUACCUCGUCUCGAGCGACGCUGCUCAUCGCCCUCUCGGCCAAGGCCAAGGUCGAGCAGGCCGAGGUCGCGCAGGUCAAACCCCAACCUGUGGAACCCGAAAUCCAAAGAGGGGCCGAGACAGAAGCGCCAAGAGCGCCGGACACACCUACGACGCUCGAGAUCCUUCCGCGACUUCACUCCGGAUCGGUUCCUGGCGGUCCUACUGUGGCCGAGACCCCGGACGUGUCGCAAUACUCGCAAGAUACGCCGGUUAACGUUACCCCCGUGGAACGAGUCGUCUCGACUUUUGCCGACUCGGACGUCACGAGUCGACGUGUCAGCGCCAAGACCAUGACACCUAUUAUCUUUGAUUGGGAGCCGCCGACCAAAGGUGGCCCAAUUUCGCACCAAGAAGCGCACAAGCCGCACCCUAUCCAAGUCGUGGCUGAAGAAGUGUACGAGGAUCUGCCGCCACCCACGCCGGCGAAGGAGGUCACACCCGACCCGUACGGCGCACCAACCUCCUCGAUGGGACCCCCUCCGUCGCAAGAUUUGCCCACGACCCCGAUGUCGGACGAUACCGCUCCCGUGUCACCGACCGCUGCUAUUCACCAGGUCACCUCGCGAGAGUUGCAAGAGGACUUCCUCAUCGCCGGUGUCAACGAAGAAGCCACGCCCGUGCCUGCUCUCGAUGACGAGCGUCGAGGCACGUCGCUUUCGUCCUCCGAAUCUUCGGCCCAGGAAGGUGCUCUUACGCCGUUCUCGUCCGCGCGUUCGGACUCGAUCCUCGCCUCGUACUCGAUGGACCGCUCCGCCCGCAACUCAGAGUCAUCGAGGAAGUCCAUGAACUCGGCCAAUGGGUUCUCUCGGGCGCGCGCCGAAGACGCCUACGGUCCUCUGGGCAUGGACGAAUCCGUUCUGGACGACCUGAUGGACUUUGACGACGAUACCUCGUCGGCUGUGCUCAAGUUCCCGUCUCCGCCCGGUUCGGCCAAGACACGACGCCUCUCGGAACUCACACCGACCGUGCUCGCUUCGAUCACGAAGAUGCAAGCGACUCGACGGACCUCACGAGCUUCGGUAUCGUCGCAAACUUCGUCCGUUCGAUCGGGUCCUCGAGGCUUACCUCGCCUCGUCGAUGCCGAUCAGCUCGAUGAAGCAAAGCGCACGAUCGACGCCCAGCGAGUCGAGAUCACAGACCUAUGGAAGCAAUUGACCGACCUCGAGACGCAACGAGAAGCGGACCGACAUCACUUGUCGACACUUCAGAUGCAGAUCCUCGAGCUCCGAACGGCGGGUCAAGCCAAGGCAGCAUCUCAGAUCGACGAGAAGCAGAUCCAAGCCGAAUGGGAGGCCAAACUCGCCGAGCAAAGCAAGGCCGCGCAAGAGCAGCUCGAGGCUUCCAAGGUCGAGCUCGAAGAGGCCAGGAAAGAACUGCGCGUUCAGGAUGACGAGUCUAGGAAGCAGAUCGCUUCGCUCUCGUCUCAGCUCGACGCGAUCAGGAGCUUGUUGAUGGCUGGCAUGGCCGGUGGCGUUUCGGCUUCAACAUAG